AUGCUUAAUGGUAAUAAUUUUUCUAACUGGAAAGAAAAUUUACUUUUUACAUUGGGGUGUUUGGAGCUUGUCUUGGCGGUCCUUGUGGACGAACCACCUGCCCUCACAGAGAAAAGUACGCCACAAGAGAUUGCUAAACAUGAACGGUGGGAGCAAUCUAAUCGCUUAAGUCUAAUGUUCACGAAAUCUCAUGCCUCUAUGGGCAUUAGGGGUUUCAUCCCUGAAUGCACUAAGGCUAAGGCAUUCAUUAAGGCCGUUGAGGAACAAUUUGUGAGUUCCAACAAGGCCUUAGCCAGCACCCUAAUGAAGAAGCUCUCAAGCAAGUCCUUUGACAAUUCCAGAAAUAUGCGAGAGCACAUUAUGGAAAUAAGAGACAUGGCAGCUCAACUCAAGUCCCUAGAGGUUGAUAUAUCUAAGUAA